CAUGACUGGAGCCGAAAACACCCCAUUUUAAAAUACACAUCAAACAUUUUUCCCCUUCUUCAAUCAUCAAAAACAGACAAACAAACAAAAGACCAACAUGUGGACCUUCUUAGGAAUAGCGAGUUUCACCUACUUGUACAAGAAGUCGGACUCGGUGUUGAGUUUGGCCCCUGCGGAGCUGCUGCUGCCGGGACUCCUGCUGCUGUCCGCCGGCCUCCUGCUCUCCUGCCUCCGACACUUCCAGCUCCACAAAGUGUCGCAGGGGCUUCACUCGUCCGUCAGCCUGCUGUCGCUGUCCCCCCUCCUCAACAUCUUCUCAUCUCGACCGGGAAAGAGCGAAAACAUCAAGAAGGGGCUGAGGUCAAGAGUCGGGGUGGACCACAGCUCCUCCAGCUCCAGUGUGAAGUCAGAUGAGGACCCAGACGUGGUGAUCGUGGGGGCCGGGGUCCUGGGCUCGGCCAUGGCUGCUGUGUUGGCACGGGACGGCAGGAGGGUGACGGUGGUGGAGCGAGAUCUGAAGGAGCCCGACAGGAUCGUGGGAGAGCUGCUGCAGCCCGGGGGGUUCCGAGCGCUGGUGGACCUGGGCCUGGAGGGCUCAGUGGAGGGUCUGGACGCUCAUCUGGUCAAAGGCUACGUGAUUCACGACAGAGACAGUGGGUCAGAGGUGGAGAUCCCGUACCCACAGGAGGAGGACGGUGUCCAGUGUGGUCGAGCCUUCCACCACGGCCGGUUCAUCAUGGGCCUGAGGAGAGCCGCCAUGGCCGAGAGCAAUGUCACAUUUAUAGAAGGCACCGUGACCAGGAUGGAGGAGGAGGAUGGUUGUGUGACUGGAGUCCAGUACCGAGAUAAAGCCACCGCUGAGGUCAAGCUUCUCCACGCUCCACUCACUGUGGUGGCCGACGGCUGCUUCUCUAAGUUCCGGAAGAGUCUGGUCUCAGGGAAGGCUCACAUCUCCUCGCACUUUGUUGGCUGCCUGAUGAAGGACUGUUCCCAGUUCAAAGCCAACCACGCCGAGCUGGUUCUGGCCGACCCCAGCCCGGUUCUGAUCUAUCAGAUCUCCUCGUCUCAGACCAGGGUGCUGGUGGACAUCAGGGGCGAGAUGCCACGCGACCUGCAGCAGUACAUGGCAGAGAAAGUCCACCCACAGUUGCCCGCUCACCUGAGGGACUCAUUCAUGGAGGCGCUGCAGAACGACAGGCUGCGCUCCAUGCCGGCUAGCUUCCUGCCCCCCUCCCCUGUCAAUAAGCCAGGCGUGGUCCUCUUGGGGGACGCGUACAACAUGAGACAUCCUCUGACUGGAGGCGGGAUGAGCGUCGCCCUCAAUGACGUCCGAAUCUGGAGGAGUCUCCUGAAAAACAUCGCAGACCUGCAUGAUGAGGCUGCCAUGCUGAAGGCCAAGAAGAGGUUUUACUGGGAGCGCAAGUCAUCACACUCCUUCGUGGUCAACGUGUUGGCUCAGGCGCUCUACGAGCUGUUUGCCGCCACAGACGACUCGCUGCACGAGCUGAGGAAAGCCUGUUUCCAGUACUUCAAGCUGGGAGGCGAGUGCAUCAACGGACCCAUCGGACUUCUCUCUGUACUCACCCCCCGACCUCUGACCCUGAUUGGCCACUUCUUUGCCGUGGCACUCUACGCCAUCUACUUCAACUUCAGAUCUGAGUCGUGGCACAGCAAACACCGGGCUGUGAUCAAGAGCAGCGCCAUCCUGUACCGAGCCUGCACAGUCAUGUUCCCCCUCAUCUACUCGGAGCUGAAGUACCUGGUGUACUGACAGCGCCAUCGUGUGGACACUAGACAACCCGGCCCCAGGUCAAACCGGACCUGCCGUCUGAAAUGCCUCUAGCGAUGUCACGUCUCUGCCUUUCGAAGCUUUUAAGCUGUGUGGCGUCAAUAAAAGUUUGUCCUUGUGCACUUUUUCGUCUCUGGCGACUGCGGUGUCACGAUAAAAUUCUAUAAAUUGUCAAAUGUAUUUAAAUGUUUUGAAAACCAAUGGUGACAUAAAGUUGUGUUUUGA